AGCCAAGUUCUUCUUGAUAUUUGUCCCGCGAUGGAGUCGCCGCCAGGCAUUGCGGCCCUCUUCGUCAUCCGCUUCGAUAUCAGGACCGGAUAUGUGGUUUCGUGGAAACAAGCUAUCCCAGGAGUUGAGGUCGAAGGUGUGGUGGAAUACAAGUCGCUCCCCUCCGGACUACAUAAUGUGACGGAAGACCUGGUGUACUUCGUCCAUGAGCAGUACGCGGGUGUCAGCGCGUUCGUCAAUCAGCCCGCCGCAGAGGCGGAGCGCAAUGCGAAGAUGUUUGCGGUUGGCGUUCUGGUCCCUUUGAGUGCUGGAAGAUUAGGGAAGAGCUGGAGACAUGCUCCGAGGCUACGUGAACUGACGCUGAAAUAUGCCGCAGAUCUGUCUGAUACAAAGGCGCUAUCUGAAUACUGGGACGCCUUCAAGAUUGGAAGCCCCGAAGUUGCUACUUCAGAAUCUCCCUUGGAAUCACCCAUCAGCCUGCGAUUUCGCCCAGGCGACAGACCAGACGGACACCGCAACCGCGCAUUUAGCGAUGCGAUAGUAUUGCAGACUCCCAGACCAACCUUGACACCGUUUCAUCCUGCUUCAUCCCUCCCAGACUUCCUCGAAUGCUUCGGUCCCUUGAUAUUCCCGUUAUGCAGAGCAGCGUUGCUACGGAAGCGCAUCCUUUUCAUGGUUGAAGCACCGGUGCAACAACCAUGCAAUUUUGUAUAUGAUCUCUCAUUGCUAGCUUCCCUACCGAACUCCCUGUUACAGGUGCUUCCCGAAGAUCUCACCCCGCCGUUGCGACCGCGUCCCCUCUUCAAUGUUGGCAUUCACGAUAUCCCUGAUCUCGCCUCAUAUGACUCGGACAGAUCAACACAAAACCUCGAGAAGGAUCCCAGUUGGAUCGCCUGCUCCACAGACACCGUCUUGAGCAUGAAGCCUGAGCUCUACGAUGCACUCGUCACCCUGCCCCCGCCAUACUCUCAACAGGGCUCCGAGCAGGCCUUCCCAAAAAUUGCCUUGAUAGAUCACUCUAGUACAAAGCACAACUCAAACCAAACAGUCCAACUCAAAGCAACACAACGAGAUGCUCGCCGAUAUGCCAUGCUGCGCAGAGGCCUUCGGCAGUUCUCCAGCGACCGAGCAACGUCUCCAAACACCGAUGACUCCGACACUGACUCAACCUACUCAUCCAGUCCCAUCGUCGAGCCUCUUUCAUGGACUCGACUAGCUUAUACCUCUUUCAUGUGGUGGGCUUCCGCCGGCGAAAACCGCGACGGUUUAUCAAAAGAAGAGGAAGAACAUCAAAGUGAACAAGACGCCCGACUUCUGGCAAGCAUAGAAAGUUUUGCAUACCCCGCCUCGAACCCGAAUGAGCGUCGUUCCCUACAUCUUGAAGACCAGAGUCAAGAGCCUCUGGAAGUCGCGCUGGUAGCUUACUUCCGUCGUCUCACGACCCAGAUCUUUCAAACGCUUGCUAGCGCCAUUGCGAGGCAUGACUCGGAUGGCCAUAAUGAUGCCUAUGAGCCUUAUUCAGAUGCUCCGGUGAAUGAGGAAGGAGAUCUAUCUCUUUCCAUGUCUCGUUCUCUUCACGUCGAGGACGAUGACAAUGCCCCGCUGCUGCGCCAGAGACAGCAGGGGAACCAUUCUCGGCGUGAUCACUCCGCUCAGGAUUUUGAAUCAGAAGAGCCUAUCACUAUAACCAUCGCUGAUAUGGUGGAGAUGGGCUUGGACGUGUGGAGCGCGACAGACCGCAUUUUCGUCGAAGAGCUAGUCUUGCUCUGGUGGGGCCGUUCUGCAUAUGUUGACAGCGCACGUAUUCGCUGCUGUGGUAUUUCCAUCUUGUAA